AUGGCUCCAAAGCAAGAAUCUCGAAAAAAGCGCCUGCCCCUGACACAUUUUCUCUGUCUGCCUCUGGUGAACACGACAUCAAUCCCACAGCUCGAAGCAUCUAUCACGGCUUUUAGAGCAGCCUAUCCACCAGUACGGGUUGUAGAUCUGCCGAAGUACUCAGAAGAAUCAGGGAAUGGCCAUACUUCCCACCCAGUUAUCCCUGUAGGGGCAGUGCGUCCGCUAGGAACGCUCCAUCUGACAUUGGGAGUCAUGAGUCUUCCGACGAAGGAGCGAUUAGAAGAGGCCCUUGCCUUUUUCGAAUCGAUUGAUAUAGCAAAGAUCAUGCACGAGGUAAAACCUGUCGCUUCCCAGCCUCAAGAUAAAUUCGACACUCCAUUACAUCCAGUUCAGUCAGGAUAUUUUUCGGUACCGAGCAAAUCCGGACAAUCCGGACAAUCCAUCCUUAACACGGAUCAACCAUUCAUCGUGAAUCUAGAGUCUCUACAUGCCCUACCUCGAGCAGAAGCCGCAACUGUUUUAUAUGCUUCUCCAUCUGAUCCUACAGAGCGUCUUUACCCAUUUUGUGUAAUGCUCCGGGAUAAAUUCAUCAAAGCAGGCUUUCUACAGGAAGAAAUGGCUCAGAAACCAAAUUCUCAUUCUCGAAAGCCAGAACCGCGCCCUUUACUUCUUCAUGCUACUCUUAUAAACACAAUAUAUGUCCGACAACCAAAAAAUCACCAAAAUUCCACUCAAAGGGGUAAAAGACCAAAGCGUAUUGAAAUUGAUGCUCGAGAUCUCCUAGAGCGUUACCAGAAUUAUUACAUAGACGAGCAAAGGACGAAGCCUCGUAUGGAUACUACGACCUCCAUUGAGCCUGAGAAUAAGGGAUCCUCCACUGAGAACACAAUAUCCGAACCUCAAUUUCCUUUUUUGUGGGCGAGGGAAAUUUCACUUGAAUCAAUUUCCAUAUGCGAAAUGGGGGCGAAGAAGCUCCCUAAAGUUGACAGUCGUGGCAAUCCCCAGACAUUAAAUGCACGGCUGGGUGAGAAGUACACACUUGUCGCACAGCGAAGCUUAUAUUUUAAGCAAAGGCCUUUAUACUGA